GUAAGGGUCUCAAAACAUUAAGAGAACCCAACUUUUUACUUUCUUCCAAAAAGUCACGUAACGAUGUUAGCGACAACUCAAUUUGCAACCAACUUUGUCAUUCUCUAUCUCUUCCUCGGCAUCGCAGGCGCUUAUCCAACAACAUUUACAGUCGUGAACAAGUGCAACCACACAGUCUGGCCCGCUAUUUCACCUCGGCCAAUCACCCCAAUGCUCUCAACAACGGGUUUUGCCCUUGCACCCGGGGAGUUGAGUACCAUAAUUAUCGCGAUCCCACCUUCGUGGUCAGGCCACUUGUGGGCACGGACACUCUGCGCUAAUGAUAUCAACGGCAAGUUUGCAUGUGUCACGGGUGACUGCUCUUCCUCCACCGUGGAAUGUGAUGAUGGAAGCGCCACACCACCUGCUACACUAGCAGAAUUCACCUUAAAUGCGUCAAGCGGACAAGAUUUCUUCAAAGUCAGUUUCUUGGAAGGUUACAACAUUCCAAUAAUGAUUGAGCCUAAAUCUGGAAAUGGUAUCGGAGAAUGCACGAUGGUUGGCUGCGACGUGGACUUGAACUCACUAUGUCCAAGCGAAGCAAAAUUGAUGAGAGGGAGUGACUGUGUAGCAUGUAAAAAUGCGUGUUCGUAGUCUGACGAUCAUAAAUUUUGCAAAUUCUUUAGUGGUGCUUGCCCUCUUGCCAACGUCGAUGCCUCAAAAAUGUUCCAGGGUAUAUGUGACUCAACAAAUUACCUCAUCACAUUCUGCCCUAAAACAACUUCCAAGAGGUUAGUCUAAGUGUGUGUUAUGACAAACAAUAAGAUGUUUUGCAUGAAAUAGAUAUCUUUUGAAUAAGAUUAAUUUUAUUUUUCCUUCAUUUUUCUAAUAAAUUACUGUAUUAAUUUGGGGAACAGUUUAUAUAUUAUCUAAAAUAUAAAAUGUGCUUUGAGUGCAGUAGUUCUAUGGAAAAGUGG